AUGGAGGUGGAGAAGUGGAGUAGCGACGGUGGAGAGUACACGUCGGAGGACGAAGGGACGGAGGAUUACCGGCGCGGCGGUUACCACGCCGUUCGGAUCGGUGACUCUUUCAAAAACGGCCGGUAUGUUGUUCAGAGCAAACUCGGUUGGGGCCAUUUCUCUACUGUCUGGCUCGCUUGGGACACUCAAUGCUCUAGAUAUGUGGCUUUGAAGGUGCAAAAGAGUGCUCAGCAUUAUACUGAAGCUGCAAUGGAURAGAUAACCAUAUUGCAACAGAUUGCAGAGGGAGACACUGAUGAUACCAAAUGUGUUGUGAAGCUUUUGGAUCAUUUCAAGCACUCAGGACCGAAUGGGCAACAUGUAUGUAUGGUUUUUGAGUACUUGGGCGAUAAUCUAUUAACGCUCAUAAAGUAUUCUGACUACCGUGGCUUGCCUAUUCCGAUGGUUAAAGAGAUUUGUUAUCAUAUGUUGGUUGGAUUAGACUAUYUGCAUAAACAGCUCUCGAUCAUACAUACUGAUCUCAAGCCUGAAAAUGUCUUGUUACCGUCAAGGAUUGAUCCCUCGAAAGAUCCCAGGAAGUCAGGAGCUCCUCUUGUUCUCCCCAGUGCUAAGGAUAAGACAGUUGACUCCAAUGGAGAUUUUGUCAAGAAAUUAAAGAAAGACGUUCAUAGAAAGGUAAAGCUUUCGGCUCAGGGAAUUGCUGAGAAAAAARGCAUUAUUGAAUCUGACAAAGUUCAUGAAGUGGGAUCAUUGGUUAAUGGAAAACCGAGUGGUGCCGAAAAAUCGAAAGAAGAAGAUUGUCCUUCUACUUCUGCCACAAAUGGAUUAGAUGGUAGCGAGAAAGGAAAGCAAAGCGGUAAGAAAGGGAGUCGAUCGAGUAGAAGGCACCUUGUGGCAUCUGCUGACCUCAAGUGUAAACUUGUUGACUUUGGUAACGCAUGUUGGACAUACAAACAGUUCACAAGCGACAUUCAAACGAGACAGUAUAGGUGUCCAGAAGUAAUCCUUGGAUCUAAGUACUCUACAUCAGCUGAUCUUUGGUCAUUCGCUUGCAUUUGUUUCGAACUCGCCACUGGAGAUGUUCUUUUCGAUCCCCAUAGUGGAGACAAUUAUGAUAGAGAUGAGGAUCACUUGGCUUUGAUGAUGGAGCUUCUCGGAAUGAUGCCACGCAAGAUAGCAUUAGGCGGGCGAUACUCCAGAGAUUUCUUUAAUAGGCAUGGUGACCUUCGACAUAUAAGUAGACUGCGUUUCURGGACAUGAACAAAGUCCUGAUCGAGAAGUACGAGUUCAGUGAGCAAGAUGCAAAUGACUUGAGUGAUUUUCUUGUUCCGAUUCUUGAUUUUGUCCCUGAGAAACGACCAACCGCGGCUCAGUGUCUUUUACAUCCGUGGAUCAACUCUGGUCCUCGCGCUCUAGAACCUUCACUCACGCUUAAAGACCAAAAAUCCGAAGACAAGCUCGAUACAGAGAGAAAGAAGAGAGAGAAUGAGGAGGAAGAAGCUAUGGAAGUUAAAAUGGGAAACGUCGUCAUUACAUCCUCAGAUAUCAAACCAGCUAUGAGCAAAAGCUCCUCUCUAAAGCAAGCAAUGUGA